AUGGAUAUUGAAAAUUUCAGUUGUGUUCUUGGCCUCUCCAAGUGCCCUUUCAUUCAGGGAAAAGUGUUGUUAGCUCAGCCCAGGGACACUGGUUUUUCAUUUAGCCACGAUAUCAAUAGUCACUUGGCCAGCCUCUCCAUUGCUGGAAACACGAUCCCUAUUCCCGACCCUGCUGUUGAGGCUUUCUGUGCCCCGGAUGACUUGAAUGCCAGUGUUGCAAAUCAGGGCCAGAUUAAGAUGUACAUCAACGAAGUGUGUCGGGAGACUGUGUCACUUUGCUGCAACUCGUUUCUGCAGCAGGCCGGAUUAAAUUUGUUAAUAAUCAUGACAGUUAUUAAUAACAUGCUUGCCAAGUCCGUUUCAGGCUUGAAGUUUCCUUUGAUACCAGAGGGAAGUGAAUGUGCUGAGGGGCACGUUGUGAAACCCUUGAUGGGUUUGUCUGAAAAGCCAGUCUUGGCGGGGGAGUUGCUGGGAGCCCAAAUGCUGCUCUCCUUCCUGUCCCUCUUUAUCAGGAACGCAAACAGACAGCUUCUCCCAGAAAUCCCGGCCUCUUAAAUGGCCCCCUCCAACAGGAUGGGACUGAUCCACCCCGAACCAAAACCCGAUCAGUGAACACGCACCUGUGUUCUCAAUCAAAGACUCUGCAGCGGGUGCUAUUGAAGAUCCAGCCUUAGCCAAUAGCCAUAUCUCUGGGUGAAAGUUACACUUGCUAAAUCCAGGACCACUCUCUUGUUGGCCAGGCAGGGGUUCCCACAGAGCUCUGAGUAACCUCUUGGUUUUGCAGUCUGCAGGCAGUGCGCAUUGUAAAUUGCUCCCUUGCAGCCUUCUUCCUGUGGUAAAGGGAUCAUUUCAGCUGUGUGGUGAAAGAACAACAUUUUCUAGCCUGACAAGGGAUGCCUUGCCUGUGGUGGUCUCCCUGUCUAAGCUGGACCACCUUGUGGAGACCAGACCCAUGUGGGAGCUUGUGCCGAAAAUGCAUUGGUUGCUGCGUAGGUUGAAUUCUUUUUCAUUUACUCUCUUUUCUUCACGAGCCUAUGGAUGGUAAACCUAUUCAGCAAAACAUGUACACUCCCCUUCUAUGAGCUGUACUGACUCAGCCUCGUCCACCAAGUCUGCAUUUUUAUGUAUCACCAAUAAAGCUGUGUGCUUUAACUGGCAAAAACGA